UGCUGUUUCAUAACACCCUAACUCGAUCAUGAAGAGUACUAUAACAGAUAACGUCUUCAGUCAAGAGCUCCCAAUCUUAAGAGAACCACCAUGCACAGUAAAGAGGCGGUCGCCAUCCCGUAACUACUUCUCUCCGCGCCCUCUGCCAUGUCUUCGGAUCCCGCGGGUUUUAGCGUCGCCGAUUACCUUGUGUUUUCGGCUUCUCUCGCCAUUUCUGUGGGGAUAGGCGUAUACCAGUGGUGGAAAAGCCGGAAUGGGAACGCGGAGGAGUUCUUCCUGGGCGGCGGCCGCAUGUCCCCCGUGCCAGUGGCCCUGUCGCUGGUGGCGGGCGUCGUGUCUGCCAUCUCGAUCUUGGGCAACACGUCCGAAAUGUACUACUACGGAUCCCAGUUUUGGAUGAACCUCUUGGGCGUCGCUGUGGGAGGCCUCCUCGUCGUCUUGGUCAUCAUUCCGGUCAUCUAUCCACUCCGCCUCAUCAGCAUCUAUGAGUACCUCGAGCUUCGCUGGGGCUCUCGCCUGCUGCGGAAGAUGGUGACGGUGCUCCAGCUGGCCAACAUGUUCCUCUACCUUGGCAUUGCUUUGUACGCCCCCUCGCUCGCCCUCUCCUCCGUCACGCCCAUCCCCACCAACAUCUCCGUCAUCGUCCUUGGCCUCGUCUGCACCUUCUACGCGUCUGUUGGAGGGGCGAAGGCAGUAGUGUACACCGACACCUUCCAGACUCUCGUGAUGGUCGUAGGGGUGAUCGUGGUCAUCAUCCAGGGUUGCGUGGAGGUCGGAGGAGGACCUGCAGUGUGGGAGAUUAACAGAGAAAAUGGGAGGAUUGAGUUCUUCAACAUGGACCCGAACCCCCUCGUGCGACACACUUUCAUGACGACGACCAUUUUGGGAAUCUACAUGUCCAUCAGUAUGCAGGGGACGUCUCAGGCCCAGUACCAGCGAUGGGCCUCCGUCGAGAACAUCAGACAAGUCUACCUGGUAAUGGCUAUCAACAUCUUUGGCUUGAUGGUCCUUUGGUCUCUCAUAAAUUUUGCUGGCCUGGUUGUCUUCGCUGUGUACGCUGACUGUGACCCUUUUUCAGCAGGUUGGAUUCAGAAAAUAGACCAGGUCACGGCUUACUUCGUCGUGGACAAGCUCGGUUAUCUCAAGGGAAUUCCAGGACUUUUCGUGGCGGCUGUCUAUAGUGGAGUCCUCAGCUCAGUUUCGUCCCAUCUCAAUGCCAUGGCUGCCAUGUUAUGGGAAGAUUUACUGCUCGCUUUCAGGACUUUCAAGAAUUACACUCCGACGAAAGCCAAAAAUGCAAAUAUCAUUAUAUCAAUGCUGAUCGGCGUGCUCUCCACCGUCCUGGGCGUUCUGGCUGGGAAAAUGGGCGGCCUCGUGCAAGUCGCCUAUUCCAUUGCGGGCGGUUUGGGCGGUCCUAUUUCCGGGGUUAUACUUACUGGUGUCCUUUGCCCCUGGGUCAAGGCUGUGAGCGCCAUUUCGGGAUUCCUCUGCGGCGUCGCCCUCAACUUGUGGAUAGUGAUCGGAAACUUCUUGUACGCCCCCCCGACGCCCUUGCUGCCUCUCUCGACCGAAGGCUGCCCCGGGGCCAAUGCCACCGCCAUGCCCUUCACGUCCUCUACGGCCUUCGCGACGACCACAGCAGAUCCAGGACCUUCUGACCCCGCGGAGGUGUUCCCUCUGUACCUCCUCUCCUACUGCCUGUUCGGAGCCAUUGGAGUUCUCAGCACGAUCGUCAUGUCAAACCUUGCCACCUGCGUCUUCGGUGUGUCCAAAAAGUCAGAUGUUCUAGAAAAAACAGUUAACAAAACUAGUCUAAAAAUCUACCUCUGGAUGACAUCAAAAUCGGACAGUUCCUCCCUCAACGAUGACACAGAAAGCGGGAGUAAGAUGGGAGACUUCGGUAUUUCCAAGGAGAGUAUCACCACAAGCAAACCAGAUACGGGUACUGGUGAAAAGCGUGGUAUAGAUAAUCCAGUGACGGUUGACGAUUCCAUAUGAAUAAUUUAUUUAUCUAUUUAUUUAUUUUUAUUUUUAUUUAUUUUAUUUUAUUUUUUUAUCAGACCAUUAGUGAUUAGUUUCAACCAGAGUCCUGUCAGAAUCAUAAAACAUUUCGAGGCAUGUAUUAUGUCUAGAUAUACAACCGAUAGUUAUACUAUUGUUCGAUUAUUUCGGAGGAUGAUGAGAAGGUGAGAUAGUUUUCUUUACCACUGUUAGCUUCAAGCAGUGGUAAAGAGAUCCGUUGUUAAAUAUUCGGGCCAACCACUCAGUGACGUCACUGAUAGCGGAAUGAACAGUGUUCAUUGUGACAAAUGUAGAAAAAGGCCUGGGUGAGAGUAAAUCUCUUGUGCUGUGAAAACACGCACGCGCGCGCGCACACACACACA